AUUCUAGUUGCGAUCCCUGCAGUAGCAAACGUCAAAUGUUAUCGCUGAACGGUUUGUUUGGGAGAUGAGAAGGCUUCGGGUGGAGAUCUCGAAACGUCAACAUCAAACUCGAUCUUUGUCUCGUUAUUGGUAGAAACAUCUGUAACUUGUUGUAGCUUUUAUACUAUUUCUCGGCUCCGAAUGAUACGCCUAACCUCGUUAAGGACUACACAGAUGCAAUGACCAAUGCUUCUGAAUGUGCUGAAGGUAUUAGUAAGAGAGAAAUUAGUAAUAAUGGACAGCCUAUUCACCCAAAAUAUUCCUGACGAGGCGGAAGACAUACCGCAAACAGAUGAGCCAGUCUGGAUUCUGGGCAAGGAAUAUAAUGCUAUAAAAGAGCUGGAUACGAUACGUAGGGAUAUCCGGUCUAUACUGUGGUUUACCUAUCGCAAAGGCUUUGUUCCUAUCGGCGGUUGCAGCUCUACGUUCACAUCUGACAAAGGUUGGGGCUGUAUGUUAAGAUGCGGCCAGAUGGUUCUUGCCCAAGCCUUAAUUACAUUACACUUAGGUAAAGAUUGGCAAUGGAUGCCUGAGACAAAGAAUAACACAUAUUUAAAGAUUUUAAAACGCUUCGAAGAUAGAAGAGCUGCUGCUUUCUCAAUUCAUCAAAUUGCAUUGAUGGGUGCAUCCGAAGGAAAAGAAGUUGGACAGUGGUUUGGCCCUAACACCAUCGCCCAAGUAUUAAAGAAGUUAGUCGUCUAUGACGAAUGGAGCUCCCUCACUAUCCACGUUGCAUUAGACAAUACAUUAAUAGUUAAUGAUAUUUUGAGACAAUGUAGAGUAGAAGGUGGCGUGACAGCGGAAGCAGACGGGGAAAUGCCUCUAAGAGCACCUAGCCAAUGGAAACCUUUAUUACUGUUGAUUCCACUGCGUCUUGGACUCAGUGAAAUUAAUCCUGUAUACGUCAGUGGACUCAAGACAUCAUUUAAGAUUCCGCAGUCUCUGGGAGUGAUUGGAGGGAAACCCAAUCUUGCCCUGUAUUUUAUAGGCUGUGUAGGAGACGAGGUGAUUUAUCUGGAUCCUCACACUACGCAAAGGUCAGGCAGCGUUCAAGACAAAACGAAUGAAGAGGAAAGUGAACUUGACAGUACAUAUCACUGCAAAUCAGCUAGCCGUAUUCCUAUUACGGGCAUGGAUCCUUCUGUAGCACUUUGCUUUUUUUGUGCUACAGAAAAAGAAUUCAAAGUUUUGUGCAAGUCGAUGCAAGAAGAAUUAAUUUUGCCCGAAAAGCAGCCAUUGUUCGAGCUAUGCACGGAGCGUUUGGCACACUGGUCAGGAACAGAAGAUGCUGCUUCCGAAGCGAUAGCAGCCCCUAGUUUUGUGGACUUCGAACACAUUGAACGUCAAUACGAUACAUCUGAUGAAGAUUUCGAAUUGCUUGGUUGACAUCCACCUAGUCUGCAUUGUGAGAAACAUCGUGAAACGAAUAAUACAUGAUGGUGUUCUUAGAGAUGAUUUGUAUUUUUGAUUAGCACAAUGCGAAGUUCAAUAAUAAUAUAAAGUAAUUUAUAUUUAGAUACUUUGUAUAUAUAUACAUAUACAUAUAAAAGAUAUAUGUGUAAUGCUUAGGUUUAUACUUUUGCGACGUUGCAAACAUCAAAAAAUUACGUAAAUUUAUGUUUUACAGUGAUCUUCGCAUCGCUGUGAUUUUGCAUCGACUAUUUAUCAUUUUCACCUAACUACACAUAUGUAAUUAUUUCUAAAAUAAAAAUUUGAAUUAGAAA